GGUCAUCCUCGCAAGCUCAAGGAAACUAUCCCUGCUACACUGCUGCAUCCAGCCUUUGGUCAAUUUAUCAAUGACAGCCAGACUCACACAACAACUGAAGAUGACAACAAUAUCGUCCAUGAACUCGCAAAUGUGAUGUUGGCAUUUUAUAAAGAUGAAAAAAGCGAGUGGAAGCACAAAGUGCAAGACACUGCAUAUGCGAUGGACGCAGAUAUGUUCAUCGACAUUCAUAACCAUCAUCAUCUAUUUGUUAUUGCUAAAUUCAAGAACAAAGCUGCAACCUCCAAUUCAGAACCAUAUCUCCAGGCUCUCUCAUACUACCUGGAGUCAAUAAGAACCUAUGCACCUAGGAUGUCUGAGUCUGCUUUACCAUGUUUGCUGCUGAUACAUUUUGGU